UGAAAACCCUGAUCGCAAUGCUGUCACGAGCUGUCAAGUUAAUUUGUCAGUCAAAGUGAUAGCCGAGAAUUUCUCCUUCGAUUCGCUCUACAUUUUAUUGAAAUGUGUAAUACAAUAUAAAGAUCUAGCAAUGUUAAGAUAUUAUGGGUCGUUUGUGUCAUUCUUGUGGAUCGGCACGCUAUUUACGUGUGUGUAGCCGUGCUACAGUAAAUGUAGAAUGAUAACGAGCUGUUAUUAAUAAACCCCACUUGUAAUACACCAUGGGUAACCAAAAUAGUUGCUGUUGUUACCGCAGUCCUUCGCCGAUCAGGAAGGACAUCGUCAAACUCGAAGACUAUCUUCCUGAAGGAGAGGUGAGCUCUAAUAACAUCCAGCACAUCAGCGAGAGAGAGCCUGACGAUGGCGACAUCGACCCCUCCCAAGAUCCAAUUGCUGGCACAAUUUUUAUGGAAAGGUCUAAAGCCUCGAUAGAAAAUGGCAUGACCAGAAAGCGGAGUCAACACCAAAUCGCCGACAAUAAGCUCAAGAAAAGCAGUUCCUGUUCUACAAUAUACUUAGAUGAUAGCACAGUGUCUCAGCCAAACCUUAAGAAUACUGUCAAAUGUGUUGCUCUUGCUAUUUAUUAUCAUAUAAAAAAUAGAACAUCAGAACGCAGAUUAGAUAUUUUUGAUGAGAAACUUCACCCUUUAAGUAAGGAAGGGGUUAGCGAUGACUAUGAUAAGUACAACCCUGAGCACAAACAGAUUUAUAAAUUUGUACGAACAUUGUUCAAUGCUGCUCAAUUAACUGCAGAAUGUGCUAUCAUCACUCUGGUAUAUUUGGAGAGACUUCUGAUUUGUGCUGAAUUAGAUAUUGCACCUUCCAACUGGAAGAGAAUAGUUCUUGGAGCAAUAUUGUUGGCGAGUAAGGUGUGGGAUGACCAGGCUGUGUGGAAUGUAGAUUACUGUCAGAUCCUAAAAGACAUCACUGUAGAAGACAUGAAUGAAUUGGAGAGGCAGUUUUUAGAAAUGCUGCAAUUUAACAUAAAUGUUCCAUCAAGUGUUUAUGCAAAGUAUUACUUUGAUUUACGCACACUUGCUGAAGCCAAUGACCUGGCAUUCCCCAGUGAACCAUUGAGCAAGGAGAGGGCACAGAAAUUGGAAGCUAUGUCAAGGGUCAUGGAGGAUAAAAUAGCUGCUGAAGUUGUCAAAAAUGGAAUUAAGAAAUGGUCGAGCUUGGACAAUGUCAAUUCCGGUGCUGGUGUAAGGCGAAGUGUGGCCAUAUUGUCUUAAUUUAUUAGUCUUCUGUCUGUGACUUUUGUAAGCCCUAAUAUUCCUGGACGGCAAAUGUCUCAACAAAAACAUUUUUCAGUAAUGUCAAACCAUGUUUCAAAUUUGAUAGCUUUACAGUUUACAUGAUAAGCACCUGUGGCUUUACUAGAAAGAAUACAGCUGCCAUGGCUGGCCCUAGCUGUAACACAAAAAUUGAUGAUUAUUGACUAUUGAGUCUCUAUGGAAAUUUUAUGGGCUUAUGGCGAUCACAGGCACUAACCUUGAGCCAAAAUUUUGGAUCCAAAUUAAAAUCACAAAUUACUUCUUAAUAUUUGUGUAUUUUGUAAGAAUGUAUUGUAUUUAGAAAUUUUGCACCCAAUUGACGAUUUUUUAAUCCAUAUUUUGGUUAUAAGCUUCAGUAUUUGAAAUCAGUAAUGGACAAACUGCCAAACUGCCUUUUUGAUCUGCUUAAAGUCAGUAACACUCAUGGUAGAUGAUACCAUGUUAAUAUUGUAUGUGUAAUCUAAGUGAUAAGGUUUAAGCUGGAAGUUACUAAUGAACUAUAUUUGGUUUCAUUAAAGGUGCACAAAUAUUAAUUCAGGCAAUAAAGUUAUAGUGAAUCAUUU